CAGCAUCAACAGAAGACAUUUGUGAUAUCUGCGUAAUGCUUAUUUAUUUAUUUAUUUAUUUGUAAUCUAUUUUGUUUUCUUCGGCGUCUUAAUGAUUGGAUAAUGAUUAUUAUGUGAAAUAUUUUAAUCAAACAUUCUGUCUCUCAUAGUGCUGUUUAGGUAGGCAGCUCCCUGUGUUUUGAGCACCAGCCCUCAUGAAAAGCGUCUCUGUCGCACUCGGCUUUAUCAGAUCACAGUAACGGGAUGAGCGGCUGCUCGAGCUGAUAAACAACAGCAGAACAACCUUUCAAACUUUACAUUUCAUAUCUGAAGAGUAACAACAGGGGGAGAUCAUGACUAUAGACGCGCCAGUUAUUUUGUCCGCACUUUUCUUUACGAUUAUGGCCAUUAUAGUCGCAUCGACGCUACUGUCGAGGAAAGCUGCGCCAAAGAAAGAAAACAAGAAACACGCGGAGGAGCGACGGGAACGGGUCACUGACUAUCAGCAGCCCGGAGUGGAGGCUCCUGCUCCAGUGAAGGUUGAGGAGGAGGUGCAGGUCAUUCAGAAGAAAAAGCUUCCAGUCGCUCCUGUUGUGGAAGCUGAAGUCAUCCCAGUGCAACAAACACAUGUCCAGAAGUGAUCGAUCGACGUAUUACAGCCAGAUCCUCCAAGUCUGCGACAACCUUCGCCAGCAUUGCAGACAUACUCGAUAGCUGAUGUUGAAUUUCUCCCUCUGCACCGUCCAAACUGAGUCCCUGGUCUGCGGCCUUGUCAGGGGUGUCAGCUUGAGCACGUAAGUGUCUUUUAAUAUCUCCAGAGCCCAAGGAUUUUUAAUUCUUUAACAUAUUGUCUUCAUAAAAUAGUUAAGAAUCAGGGUGUAUCGAAUCUCACCGGUUUAUGACAUAAAAAGUAUUAAAAACUAGCAAAGUGCGCAGAGCUCGCCGUUCACACAUCCGAACCUCGCAUGGCGUCACGUGACUCCCACAAGUCGCAUUCUUGAGUUCUGUCUGAGGUAUUUUUAAAUUGUUGGUCUGUGUCAGACUGGUGCCUUUGGCAGUUGCAUCACGUUUAGCUGUGUUUCUUGUGAGCAUUUGCGUCAUAAGCAUUGUGUUUUUAAGACAGCGUGUCAAGUUAAAAACAGUUCAACUUUUCAAAACGUGAUCGGAACCCUUGCAUUCUAGCUGUUUUUGAUCACAAGAACCUGUCCUGUGGGAGCGUUCAUGCAACACACGUUAUGUCUGUGCUGUUUUUUUAAUUACUGGUCUGUAUACAAAUGCAUCAGACUGGUGUACUUGGCCGUUGCGUUUUUUUUGUUGUUUUUAGCGUCUUGUAUCAUAAGCGUUUUGAAGACGGCGUGUCAAGUUAAAAACAGUUAAACUUGUCAAAACACCCCAGAUAGCAAGAACCUUUGGGACAAGUGUGGAAGUUAGCUGUCACAUCUGGCCUAGAUCUGGCAUGGCUAAACACAUGUGGGCCAAAUGUUUGCCAUAAAUGUUUUGCCAAAGCUUUAGAAUUGGAGGGAUUUUUCUCUUGGGUCACAAGUGGCAUUGAGGUAUAUGGCCCAGGUGACAACAAAUAGCUGAGAGACAUGUGUGGCUUGGCUAUGGCAAGCCAUGGAAAACGUUAACUUGUGGUUAACAUUUGGUUUAUACUUGAAACAACAGAUGUAGGCAGGUAUGGCAGUCCACACCUCAGCCUGUUCAACAAUGCCAUUGGUUGCUAUCGUUGUUGUAGCAUCUACUUUCAAUUCCUAUUGGUGGAUUAGUGAAACUGUCACUGCAGCAGCAAAUUAAAUACUGGACAGUGGCCAUUUUCCCACUCUUUUCUCUCCUCACAACUGUCGUAUACUGACACACCCUUAAGUAGCUUCAAGUGAGUGAAGUUUUGGCAUUUUAAAAUCCUGUUACUGAUGUAUUCAGAAAAUAAAAAAACAGAAAAUUAUCUAAUAUUGUUUUUUAGCUUAAGACCAAAAGUGUUAGGUGUAGAUGUGUGUAGUGUUUUUCAGGUUAUAAAAAGUGUCUGAUAUGUGCCUAAUUCUAUCUAAUUCUAUUUUCUUCCUAACAGGUUGUGAGUGAAAAAGAUAUUGCCCAUGGGUGGUAUGACUACCAACUUUAAUACACUUUUCAUGUGCUAUGUUUAACAUUAUCUUAAAUGAAAAAUAAAAAUUAUUGUAAGUACGCUCACAUCAUGCAUUAGACAAUUCUAACCACUUCCAAUGUUUAUCUGUACCAGAUUUGGGCCAUCAUUUGGAGCCACAUUUCAGCUGUUUAUUUGGGCCAAAGCUGUGCCAAAGGAAAUUUGCUGACUGGGACGUCUCGGAACCCUUUUCUUCUUUUCCAUUCUGUUGCACUCUGUCUAGCUGUUUUUGAACGCAAGAUUCUGUCUCGUGGGGCCGUUCACUUAACACACGUUUUGUCUGCGCUGUUUUUUAACGACUGGUCUCCGUACAGAUGCGUCGGACUGGCAUACUUGGCCGUUGCAUCGCAUUCCACUGUUUUUUUGUUGUUAGCGUCUCGUGUAAGAUGUGUUGUGUUUUUAAUAUGGCAUGUCGUGUUAAAAACACUUCAACUGGGGGCCUGGGUAGCUCAGCGAGUAUUGGUGCUGACUACCACCCCUGGAGUCGCGAGUUCGAAUCCAGGGUGUGCUGAGUGACUCCAGCCAGGUCUCCUGAGCAAACAAAUUGGCCCAAUUGCUAGGGAGGGAAGAGUCACAUGGGGUAACCUCCUCGUGGUCGCGAUUAGUGGUUCUUGCUCUCAAUGGGGCAUGUGGUAAGUUGUGCGUGGAUCGCGUAGAGUAGCAUGAGCCUCCACAUGCUGGGAGUCUCCGCGGUGUCAUGCACAGCGAGCCACGUGAUAAGAUGCGUGGAUUGACUGUCUCAGAAGCAGAGGCAACUGAGACUUGUCCUCCGCCACCUGAAUUGAGGUGAGUAACCGCGCCACCACAAGGACCUACUAAGUAGUGGGAAUUGGGCAUUCCAAAUUGGAAGAAAAAGGAGAUAAAAAAAUAAAAAAACACUUAUCAAAACACGUCUAGGAACACUUGAGUUCUGUUAUAUUCCGUUGCGCUCUAUCUAGCUGUUUUUGAACGCAAGAACACAUCUUGUGUGAACCUUUCCUUAAUAGUUUCUACAGUUAACAUCCUCCUUUAUAAAACUAUAUAGAAAAGGGUGUCUCAAUCUGAUCAAUGAUGCUGUAUUUACAAUAAAUUGCAUGUACCUAGAACUGUAAAUUGGGGCAGCCUGUAUAAUUGGUUUAAGGAUGGAGUGGCAGGACUUGAAUGCUGGCCAAGGUUUUAUCAAGGGUUUACAGCUGAUUGCCAAGCAGUUUCCAAUGCUAUACAAGAGAAGCAAGAGCUAGAUGACGGGUGAAACUUGACCUGGACAUAUUCAUGUCAGAUUUCAUAGGAUUUACCCUAUAAUCUCAUCACUUAAUAUAAUAUUCGUCACUCACUGGCCACACCCCCUUAUGAAUAAAAACACAGUUCCUUUAGUGGACUAAACAAAGAAGAGCAUGUUUGGAGUGUAGAGUAAUGCAUGGCUAAAUAUUUUUUAAAACACAUAGCGUACACCUGUCUCGGAUGACGGUACAGAAUGUUUCUUUUCCUCUUUUAAACAUCAUGACAUUAUAGACUUGAACUGACUUUCUGACCUUCUGUAUGAAGACUCUUUCAAUCUGGACUUAGAAUGUGCCCACUACAGCUGUAAUCAGAGCUCUGGAUGUGGCAUGCUCCAGGGUCUGUCUAUCUAUGGCUUUAAACAUAUAUCCACUAUAUUUAAAAGUGUAUAUUGUGUGACAUCUUGCUGUUGCUGUUGAGAGGUCUGGAGCACAGGUGUGUGUGACACCAGCAAAACACGCAUGAUGUUCAGAGAAUACUCUGAGGGACUGACUGUAACAUGACAAACUGAGCUUUUAAAAUGAGCUUCACUGGACCAACCGAUGAAGAACUGAUAUUGAACAUUUUCUACCAUUAUUGCAAUUUUGGUAUUUCUUACAUUGGUGGACUGCUUAAAUGGAUAGUUCACCCAAAAAUGAUUUACUCACCCUCAUGCCAUCCCAGAUGUGUAAGACUUUCUUUCUUCUGCUGAACACGAAUUAAGAUUUUUAGAAAAAUAUCUCAGCUCUGUAGGUCCAUACAAUGCAAGUGAAUGGUGAUCAGGCCUUUGAAGCUCCAAAAAGGAGACAAAUGCAGCAUAAAAGUAAUCCCUACGACUUCUGAAGCGACCCAGUUGAUCUGGGGUGAGAACAGACCAAAAUGUAACUCCUUUUUCACUGUACAUCUUGUCAUUGCAGUCUCUAGGCAUGAUUUCAAGUUCGAUUACACUAACUAGUGCUUGAUGCAUGUGGUGGAUGGCACUAUCAUGAUCGUCAAGGAGACUGCUGUCAGUGCUGUACUUUUGAGGGAACCAAUUUGUCUUUUUGGCUGAUGCAGAACCUACACUGUUUGUGCUGUUUGUUUGUUGUGUGCAACCAGCGAAGACAACAUAAAAGAAAGAUUUAUUGUCUUUGUAUUAUUUCGUUGCACCCACUCGUUCUUUCAUCACAUUAAGUUCAGACUCCAACUCUGCUAAAACAUUAGUUCUUUUGCCGUGAUGCUGUAGAUAUAAGCCCUAGGUAUAUUUCCAAUUUGAAGCGAACGCUCUGUGUACAGUUGAACUUGAGACUGUCAAAGUGUACUUCAUAUAACUGUACGCGCUUAUACAGGUGUUUGGCGCAUGCACGCUACGACUGCUAUGAGACACCAGACUUUCUCUUCAGGAUUUUAGACCCAUAAAGAUGCCUUUACAUUCCUUCAGACUUGAGUUAUACAAAUGCAGGUAUCUCCUGACCUCUUCACACACGUGCUCUUGACGUGUACAUCCACUGUUGCAGCGAUUACAUCAUCUAGCGCUUCUCCGUGACAGCAACAGCUCAAAUGUGAGUGUUGCCACCUUGUAUACCCACUAAUUAGUUCAAAUAAUUCCAGGCGCAUGCACAUUCUGCACGUUCAAAAACCCACGGUUAGAAAAAUCGGACUGCGCACAUUAAGCGCUCGUGCUGAUGACGAGAUUUGCAUCACGUGUCCUGGAAAUCGCUGGAAACAAUUCUGGUUCCGAUUCCUCUUAACGAUUCUGGUUCUUUAACAGUUCCUCUAACGAUUCUUUACGUUUGAGGAUGAAUUAUUUGGAUAUAAGAAUUGCAAAUCUUAUUAGAUUUACUGCCCUCAGCAGCUUGAUUCAAAAGAACCAACACAUUUUGUCAUUCGCUCAGAAAUAGGACUACACUAGUCACACUGUAUGUCUCGCGCUGCUGAUGCCAUAGUGGUGUUGCAGUGCUGUUGAAUGGUAGUGUCAGAGUAUUUUUGCACGCCGUUGUUCCGCAUCAGUGGAAGAAUGCACGUUUGAUAUCUGUUAACUAAACUGAACAUCAUGAAAAUUAUUUGAUUCUGGAAUAAUAAAAAAAAAAUUGAACUAGUUUGGAAUAAGAACCAGUUCUAGGUUCCCAACUCUAACGAAUGACUUAACCAGUUGUAGUAAUUAAAAAAUAAAUGUAACCAUUUAUCAAUUCCCAACCCUACUCCUGUCGUUUCAAACCUGUAUUACUUUUGUCUGGAACACAAUAACACAAGAACACAAGAUGUUUUGAAGACUGUACAUGUUUUUCAUGGUGAUCACGACUGUCAAGCUCCAAAAAGGAUAAAAAGGCAUACUAAAAACAGCAUAAAGUUAGUCCAUAAGUUGUUAUUCACUGAAAAUCUUUCUCUCCGCAAUAGCUCUGAAAUCUUAUUUGCACAUGUUUGUAUUCGAACAUGGCACAUGAUGACACAUAGGGCCAUACUUGAUAUUGCAGACCUGAUCGCGGUAUGCUAUAUGUGGAAGCACGAAAAGGCGGCGGUAAAGACUGAGGAGGCGGCUGUCAUUGAACCGAAAAAGGAAGAGCCUGUUCCAGUCGCCCCUGUUAUUGAGGAGGUUGGUGUUGUAGAGGAACAGCCUGCAGUUGAACCUGAAGUCAUCCUCGUACAAGAAACACCUGUCCAGGCAGCUCCAGAGCCAGAGCUUGUACCUGAGGCCGUCGUAGAAGAGCCCGUCCCUGUGACAGAGCAAGUGCCUGGGCAAGCAGAGGUACCCACAUCUACACCAGAACCAGUGGUUGCACCAGUAGAAAAGCCAGUGCCUGAACCAGUGAAAAAGUCUGUCCCAGAACCAGAGCCAGCGCCUGAAUCAGUCCCAGAGGUGCCCAACCCGGAGCCAGCCCCUGAAACGGUCUCAGAGGUGUCUGUCCUGGAGCCUGCCUCUGAAACCGUCCCAGAGGUGCCCACCCUUGAGCCAGUAUCUGUACCUACCCCUGAACCAGUGUCUGCACCUGCCCCUGAACCAAUCUCAAAGGAUCCCGCCCCAGAACCAGCAUCUGAGCCCGCCCUUGAAACAGAAUCUUCGCCCAUCCCUGAAAAAUCUCCGGCAUCUGAAUCUGCUCCAGAGUUCCUAGAAAAUAAUGAUGUUGCUGAUGCCCCAGUGACAGAAGAGGGUGAGACACCCGCAGUUGUGCCCGGUAAGAAGUGGGCAACGGAGUAUGAGAAGAGAUUGACCAAGGAAGAGAUGGAAGAGGAGCAAAGAGCUGCUGAGUAAGCAAAACUCAAAGUGUGUGGGAAAAGUGUGCCCCAUAAAAUCAACCUUGAGGAUCAUUACAGAUUGACUUCUUCUAUUGGAAAAUCCCAAACCAUUGCUCUUUCAGUCUUAUUUUUCUUUGUUUUCUGUACAGACCACUUUGCAUUUCUGCCUGUGAAUAGCAUGUUUCAUCAAGCAAACCACCAAAGAGCAUAAAAUAAUUAUUUAAACACACUUCUCUGUUUUUAUUUGUGUCAUUCAGAAGCUUGUUUAGGCACAUUCAAACCUACAAGGUAUUUAAUCAGACGCAUGUGGGCUUGACUUCAAUCUAUUUGUGGUGUUAUAAUCUCCCUUACGUAUGAUUUAAGAUUUGUGUUGGAAAAUGAUGGAUAUUAGAGAACCAGUGGUUUGCAGGAUGUUUUUUGUUUGAAUAUGAAAUGUUGGUGAAAUCUUAUAUGAAAUUACAUAAUCUCAUUGUGCCUGUGUUGAGUGCCAGUGUGUCCCAGACUCAGCCAAUCAGGAUUCAGUCUGCAAGUUCUACCCAUCAUCCACUUCUGAAAUACCAUCACGCCCUCAUGUGGACACUUAGAGCUAUAACCAUCACAGGCUGAUGGCAAAAAGUGCUGGCACAUAGUCAGACGUGUGUGCGAUGACAUGUACAAUUAUUAUUAUUAUUAUUUUUAAAUAAGGGUUAGUGAAUAAGUCUCAAAAACAUGUCCAGCCAACAUUUUACCGUUUAGAAAAGACCAUUUGCCUAUUUUUCAGAAGAUUUUUAUUUAGCAUUAUGACUUUAUUUUCAUAACAAAGAAUAACAUUUCUCCCCAAAUUAUCAUUACUCUAAUGUGUCUGUAUGUUUUACUUUUGAUUUUUGUAAUUCUCAUUAGAUUCUCAUUACUGAACUACUGAACAAUUUUACUACAUUAAAGUAAAACAAUUAUUGUA